AUGAACAUUACAAACGCAAAUGACACCAAUGUGAAUGUCCUCGAUCACAUUAAACCAUCUAUCACGACCGCGUUUCAGGACCCUCCAGCUCCGGCGACGGCGGCAAUCUCCGGGAGUUCGAGCCUCCAAAACAUUUUCUUGGCGGAGAACUGGGCGGAGCUGCCGUUGAAGGAGGAUGAUGCCGAUGACAUGGUUAUCUAUGGCGCUUUGCUUGAGGCUGCAAGCAACGGAUGGUUCCCCGCAACUAACAGUAAGGUGAACAACGUUGAUGUGGAGGUGAAAAUGGAAAAUGAAAGCCAGAAUCUUGAUAUUGCGGAGGCGCGUGUAGCUCACGCUCCGGGUUACAGAGGAGUACGAAGAAGGCCAUGGGGGAAGUAUGCGGCAGAGAUAAGGGAUCCAAAGAGAAACGGCGCAAGGGUAUGGCUUGGAACUUACGAGUCAGCUGAGGAUGCGGCUUUGGCUUAUGAUCGAGCCGCGUUUAAAAUGCGCGGCCCCAAAGCCAAGUUAAAUUUUCCUCAUUUAAUUGGUUCCGGUGAUGCUGAGCCGGUUAGGGUCACGCUUAAGCGGCGCUCGCCGGAAUUACCCUCGCCAUCUGCGGUGGCUGAGAAGCGUAGUAAGCAUGACUCUGUGGCGGCUUUGGAGCUGGAUGAGUCAAAUAUGUGGCAAUUUUAUAUGGACACUUGGCAAUAA